AGACACGCCAGCCAAUAUGUCCGCUCACAUCUGAUCUGAGAGUCCGUGAAGCACGAAAAGCGCCAUGUGAGUCUUGGUGUCGUGUGCCAUUUAAGGCCCACCACUUGCCUCACGUCACUCACUUGAGCUGAUUCUCCCUUGUAGACCAGUGGAGUCGUGAUCCUUAUCGUUCACAUUACUGCAAGUAAUCUAGUUCUCUCUCUGUGCCUUGGAUCAUAGAGACAAGGGCUGUGGUGCUUCUUCUGGGUAGAGCCUGGAAUCUAGCCCACAGGAGUGCUCAUCCAAGGAGAGUGCUGAGCUGCUAUAGCCCAUGCAGUGGCAGCCAGACUGCUCCAGUCUGGUGAGUCUGUCGGGGAACGAUGGCCAUCGCGGGCAGGGACGGGCUCUGAGGUCUUUUUUGGCCUCUAAGAAGCAGUACAGUACCUGGAGUUGGGCAAGAUGAUUAUAUAUAUCGCGCACAAUGGAAAGAAGGUGGACAUACAAGCACAGCCGUCCACAAGCGUGGAGGCAGUGCAGAGAAAGCUGGCCUCUGUCAUCGGCACGCCAGUGUCAGAGCAGAUUCUCAUCGUUAAUGGGACGCCCCUGGAUCCGCGCCAGACCUUGGACACCUACAAGCUCCCGGCGGACAGCGAGGGGGGACAGCAUGGAGGCGAUGUGUUCCUGUAUAACAAGGCGCACCUGCGCUCUAACGCGCCCUCACCAGAGCCGGAGACCCUCAGGCCCAUUGUUGUCAACUUGCCGCAGGCUGGGCAGGUACGGUACGAGGCGCACCUAUUGGACUCGGCGGCGUCUCCGCUGGUGGCGGCUCUGCCGCAGUAUGAGCGCGGCUUUCGAGAUCACCGCGCCGCCGGCCGCGCCUACUGUGAAGCCAUCCAGGAGCGGCUGAGGGACGCAGAGCAGCUGGCGCAGGAGAUGGCGGUGCAGGCAUCCGCCAUAGAGGCGGCGCGCGGCAACGUGGAACACCACUACGCCUACAUCUGCACCCACUUCCAGGACUUCAUGCACGGGUACACCGAGCAGCGGCGGAAGCAUGCGGAGGUGCUGGGGCGGUUUGAGCGGGACAUGGAGGCUCUGUCUAGCGUGGAGAUCCCUCCGCAGGCUCGCACGCCAGAUCUGGCGCGGCUGAGUGACCUCGUGCCCGGGCAGCGCAUGCGCGACUGGGCCGCGCAGUGCGCCUCCUCCCACCAGAACCUCUCCGACAAGGUGGGUGACGUGGAGGGGGUGUUCAAUGCGCUGCGUGCUGACGUGGAGGCCCUCUUCAUGACCGCGCCCAGCGUGAGCCUGGAGGCCGUCGAGCAGGGGCUGCGCGACAUGCACGCCGUCACUGACGAACAGGAGAGCAUUCUGGCGGUGCUGAACAGCGAUUACGGGCAGGUGCAGAAGCUGGUGGAGGAGGCAGUCCGCCAGCUCAGUGCGGCGGCUGUCUCCAGCGCGGUGACGCCCCUGGACAAGUGCCAGCUGAUGGAGCAGAUGAACGACAACCAUGUCAGCCAGCUGCUGCCGCGGCUGCGCGCAUGCGACGACCACGUGGCCGCCUUUGCGCAGCGCUGCCUCGAUGAUAAGAACCAGAUGAUGGCGGACGUGCUGGCGCACCUGCGAGCGAUCAGCGGGCAGCAGAGCAAGAUCCGCGGCCUGCGCUCCAAGCUGGCCAUCCUGAAGGAGGCGGCCGCCAAGCAGGAGGGCGCCACCUCGGAGCUGCUGCUCGUGCGUCGCAUCCCCGCCGUCUACCGCCAAUGCCUCGCCGAGUGCAUGCGCCGGGAGGCGUUUGGGGAGCUGUAUGCUGGGCAGGCGGGCCAGAUGGCCGAGAGAAUGGGCCGGCUGCGCGCCAAGGAGGUUGCCAAACGCGACGCCUUCCUCAAGCACGUCGAACGCUACAUGCCCGCACCCCUGCUCGCCGGCAUGGGGCUGCUGAGUCAGCCGCCGCACUGCCAGAUCAGCGUGCCCCCAUCGGAGGGCGGCCUGCUCAAGGCCACCAUGGAGGACAUCCGCGCAGUCCCCAUCUCCCUUGACGCAUCGGCGUCGGAGUCUCUCAGGGGGAGUGUUUAUUUCCAGCGGCAGACGUCCACCCCUGGAGGCACCCCACGCACGCACUCUCAGCCAGCCGCAGAGCCUGCAGAGACAGGCGAGGCGGAGGGUGAGGGAGAGCAGGAGCUGGCGGCAGCGCCGGCGCGCUCGUUGGAGAUGGAGAACGCGCGGCUGCGCGCAGAAAUAGCGACGCAGUACGCAAUCGAGGCGGCGCGCGCGAUGGCCGCGGAGGGCGCGCCACAGCAGACCGCGCCGCCCUUGUCCGCCUCGCAGCGCAGCCAGGGCCGCAGCGGCCAGCUCGGCUCUGAGGCGGGCAGUGUGGCCGGGGAUGCGGCUGCGGCUGCGCGUUUCCGGGCGGCGCUGGCGGCCAAGGAGGAGGUGGAGCACCGGCUGGAGACCGAGCUCGCCGCCGCGCGCGUGCAGGCCGCCUCCUACGAGCACCGGAUACGUCAGCUGGAGGGGCGGCUGCUGCGGUCGGUGGUGCGCACGUCUCCCAGCGGCUCCCUCCGAUUCUCCAUGCGCUCCUCGGGAACCGGCAGCGCCAGCAUCCACUCCGCAGGUUCCAUGCAGCUGGCGCCGGUGAGCGAGGCGCCAGAGGGAACCUCCCAGGAAGCUUCCCUCAAGGGCCUCGCGUCCGGCACCGUCACCCGCAGCGCCGAAUCCGUCUCCUCUCCGCUGCCGGCCGUCCCACCCGACCGCUCUCCGAGCGCGUCCACCGAGGCUGUGGCGCCUCCUGCGCUUGCCAUGACCGCACCUGCAAAGCCAGACCAGGUGGUGGAGACUGCAGCAGUGGCGGCUGCAGAGGAGCCCCACAGAGGGGAGGAGGCUUCGCAGGGGGACACUGCGCCUGAGAAGGAUCCGGUGGCUGAACUGACGGAGGUGGCCGGGCAGCAGGAGGAGGAGGGCGUUAUCCAGCAGCAGCAGCACCAGCAGCAGCCUGUGCAGGAGCUGGUGGUAGGGCUUGCAGCCGUGCAGCUCAGCGCAGAUGUACCCACCGAGCUUGAGGAGCAGGAUUUGGCGGGCAUAGAUGCUGCGGCGGCGGCCGCCGAGAUCGGCCGGGCGGCCACGCCGUUUGCCGCGGCCGCGCAGCAGCGGCCGGAGGCGGCGGCGGCGGCGGCUGCCGCACCCGAGACGCCGGCUGCUGCGCAGGAUGCCGAUCAGCAGCAGCCAUUGCCGCCGAGAGACGACAGCGGCGAGCGGCCGGCUGCGGCUGCCGCCGCGCUGGCGCUGUCGCACGGCGGGUCGGCGCUUCCGUUCGCCCCGUCGGUGGCGUCGGCGCUGUCCGAGGCGGUCAGCCUGGCGAUCCCGUCGCCGCCGGCCGCCGGCAUCGCGCCUGUUCAGGCGCGGGCCCCCCCCUGUCCCCUCGCCGCUGCCGUGGCCGAGAGCGCUGCUGCGACUUCCGGUGAAGUGGAGGAGACUGCUCCAGAAGCAGAGGAUGAAGGAUUGGAAGGGAGUCCAAGUCCUGCAGCCUUCAGCCAGUCAGGAGGCAGCGACACAUCUGCGGAGCAGUGGUGA